AUGUCGACGCCGCGCAAGCGCGCGCGCGCCGGCGACGGCGCCGGCGCGCGCGACGACGACGACGACGACGGCGACGACGACGGCGGCGGCGACGCGCGACGACCGCUCGUCGUGGACGCGCGCGACGCGACGCUGCCCGACGCGGCGCUCUGGGACGAACACGCCGAGCGCGGCGACGCCGACGCGCUGUUCGAACACGCGAUCGCGCCGCUCGACGCGGCGACGUUCGCGACGUGCGUCGAUAGACGCGCGGUGUGCGUCAAGCGCGGCGGACGGGCGCACUACGGGUCGUGGAUGACGAUGGAGGCGGUGACGCGGGCGACGCGCGACGGCGAGGCGCGGUACGGCGUGGAUUUAGACGUGACGUCGUACGUCGACGGCGUGCGAAGGACGCAUAAUAGGAAUAGCGACGCGGGACGCGAGGCCGACGACGAGGACGACGAUGUCGGGGAAUUGGUGGACGCGGACGCGGUGUUGACGCGGAGGUUCGGCGAGGAACGACGGUCGGUGCGGUUGUUGCAUCCGCAGACGCGGUGCGACGCGACGUGGAAGAUUUUAGCGACUCUGGAGCGGUAUUUCGAGUGCGCGUGUGGGUGCAACGUGUACGUGACGCCGGCGAGUUCACAAGGGUUCGCGCCGCAUUACGACGACAUCGACGCGUUCGUGUUGCAGAUCGAAGGCGCGAAGCGGUGGCGGGUGUACGAGCCGUUCGAGGACGAGACGCACCCGAGGACGAGCUCUAGGAACUUCACGCAAGAGGAGAUCGCGACGCAGCGCGUGGUUUUCGACGACGUGCUCGAGGCUGGGGACUUUUUGUACCUGCCGCGCGGUUGGAUUCACCAGGCGGAGUGCUCGUCGUCGACGCACAGCGUGCACGCGACGUUAUCGACGAAUCAAUCCAACGCGCCGGCUGAUGCGCUCGAAAUCGCGUUGAACAACGCGCUGGCUUCCACGAUCGACGGUCGCGCGGAGUUACGAAGGAGUUUCGUUUCCACGUUGAACGACGAGCGUCGUCGCGACGCCGCGUUGGAGGGACUGGGAGAAGAGUUGCGCGCGUUUGCGAGCGAGCUCCAAGGCGACUUCGGCGCGGCGCUCGUAGAGCACGCGUACGCGUCGCUCGAGGCACGGUUCAUGAUGCAACGGUGCCCACCGCCGGAUUCACACUUGCUGCGAUCGAAAGCGCGGUGCACCGGAGACGUCGCCGCGGCUGAGCUGCGGAGCGGCGCGAGAACGCGAGUGGCGUCGCAAAUCGAAGGCGCGCCGUUUUCAAUUUUACGAGAGAGCCCGGCGACGACGUUGUUUCAUCCAUUUCAAAAUCGCCGCGACGGCGCGCACGUGCGCGUGCUCGGCGUCGAUAGCGCCGACGAAGACCGACUCGGUCGCGUCGUCGUGCCGAGCGACGUCGACGACGAGCGUCUCGACGAGCUUCUGGACGCCGUGCGGUCGGGCGACGCGCUCGAAAUCGCAAAAACGAACUUUCGCGAGAACAACUUUCUCGAGCUCGUGUGCGAGCUCGUUCGGUGCGGGGCGUUGGCGGCGUUAGAUUAG